GCGCAGCGUGUGGAAAGUGCUGCGGUGGAAGUGCAGGCAGGCGCUUCCGGUGUUUGGGACAAAGGAGCAUCAGCAGAGAGAGCAGGGGUGUGCGGGAGCAGCCAGGUUCAGUGUGAAGUGAAAACGUAAACCGCAGAAAUGUCAAAGCGACCAUCAUAUGCUCCGCCCCCUGCCCCGGCCCCCACAACGCAAUUGCCCAGCACACCAGGGUUUGUGGGAUACAAUCCAUACAGCCAUCUUGCCUACAACAACUACAGGCUGGGAGGGAACCCAGGCAGCAACAGCAGGGUAACGGCUUCAUCUGGGAUUACAAUCCCAAAACCCCCGAAGCCUCCGGAUAAGCCCUUGAUGCCGUACAUGAGAUACAGCAGGAAGGUCUGGGACCAAGUGAAGGCUUCCAACCCUGACCUUAAGUUGUGGGAGAUUGGCAAGAUCAUUGGUGGGAUGUGGCGAGACCUAACCGAUGAGGAGAAGCAAGAGUACUUGAACGAAUAUGAAGCUGAAAAGAUAGAGUACAAUGAAUCAAUGAAGACGUACCACAACUCCCCUGCUUAUCUUGCUUACAUCAAUGCCAAAAGUAGAGCUGAGGCCGCCCUGGAAGAAGAAAGUCGCCAGCGCCAGUCCCGCAUUGAUAAGGGAGAACCAUAUAUGAGUAUUCAGCCGGCAGAGGAUCCUGACGACUACGAUGAUGGGUUUUCCAUGAAACACACAGCAGCAGCACGCUUCCAGAGGAAUCACCGUUUAAUAAGCGAGAUCUUGAGUGAGAGUGUGGUGCCAGACGUGAGAUCGGUGGUCACCACAGCGAGAAUGCAGGUUCUUAAAAGACAAGUCCAGUCCCUCAUGGUCCAUCAGCGCAAGUUGGAGGCUGAGCUGCUACAGAUUGAAGAUCGUCACCAGGAAAAGAAGAGAAAGUUCUUGGAGAGUACGGAGUCCUUCAACAAUGAACUGAAAAGGUUAUGCAGUCUCAAAGUGGAGGUUGACAUGGAUAAAAUUGCAGCAGAAAUAGCUCAAGCAGAGGAACAGGCUCGCAAACGUCAGGAAGAGCGAGAGAAGGAAGCAGCAGAGCAAGCUGAACGUAACCAGAGCGCCGCCGCGGCAGCAGCGGCAGCUGCCGCUGCAGCAGCUGUUGUCGAUGAAGAGCAGGAAUCUGCAAAGUCUGAGGAGAAAAAUGAAGAAGAGGAGAUUGCGAUGGAGACAGGUGUGUGCACACCAAUAGUGGAAACCCCAUCUAUACCCCCUCCAGAAGAGACAAGUGAGAGCCAGCAGAAUGGAGAGGAGGGUACAUCAACCCCUGAUGACAAGGAAAGUGGGCAGGAGGCAGUGGAUAGCACACUUGAUGAAGGCACAAGUGACAGUAACACUGGAUCUGAGACCAACAGUGGAACAGUGGAAGAACCCCCUACAGACCCAGUGGCAGAGGAAGGAGACCGGAAAGACUGAGCUCCCCUUGAAGCAAUCUAUUGUAUUUUUGUCACCCAUGGAUUGAUCAGAGAGACGGUCUAGAAUCAUUCCUAACAUUUGAAGAUUGUGUGUUUUCCCCAUACAGUACAGUGUUCUACUGAUUUCUUUAUUUUCCAUGUACAUUGUUCCUUGAUAUAUCGCCAUGGUGCAGUUGUCAGCAAUGUUCUGCUUACUUACUAUGUUAUGAAUAGCUGGUACAGCGAAUUGCAAUACAGUGAGUAAGUGGAAUGGACAUUUGCCCUUUGGAGAUGGUUGUCAAGGGACAUUGUAGCCAGGAAUCUACAGUCUAAUGGACAUCCCCUCUUAAUCGUAUACUGUUGGCAGGACUAAAUUAAUAGUGUCCUUCUCAUAGAUAGAGGUAUAGGAUAAGGAAGGAAUUUUUUAUAAGCAGCCCUGCGCUACCAGACGAAAAGCUGCUAGUUUAUAACACAUGGGAUUUUCCCUCAUAAAUCCCUAAAAGACAAAUAGAUACAAAGCAAAAGAUGGUUGCAAACUAGCGCUGCUUUAAAAUAUUAAAACUUUAAAACGGGAACUUGAGAGGAGAGUGUCCUCAUCCAGAACAACGUUCAGCUGUUUCCCCGUGACCAGAAAGACACUCACUUUAUAGUUCUGUCUCGCUUUCCCAUAAAGGUAUCUUUCUGCCGGUAGGUAUCAGGUGUAUAAUCAUCUAAAACGAGCUAGGCUUAUGGAAUAACACUUACAUUAGUGUCCUGUCUCGAGUGCGCAUAAAGGUAUCUUUUGUGUCCUUCACGAUACAGACGGCAGGAGUCAGACAGACCGGUAUUUCUUUCAAAGACGCACGAUUUUAUUCAUCCAAUAAAAACAGAAUAGACAGUCAGAUGUAAUCACUGACAGCAGCUUCAACGCGUUUCGUGGAUUCCCUCCCCUUCCUCAAGAAGUUUUUAGAUGAUUAUACACCUGAUACCUACCGGCAGAAAGAUACCUUUAUGGGAAAGCCAGACAGAACUAUAAAGUGAGUGUCUUUCUGGUCACGGGGAAACAGCUGAACGUUGUUCUGGAUGAGGACACUCUCCUCUCAAGUUCCCGUUUUAAAGUUUUAAUAUUUUAAAGCAGCGCUAGUUUGCAACCAUCUUUUGCUUUGUAUCUAGAGGUAUAGGAUAGUCCUUCUGCUCCAAUACUGAGUCAUUCUCUCUAAAGUUUGUAGUUGUUUUAACUCUUCUGACGCAACCUAAGUGACAUUUUAAUCCCCCAGUGCUACAAUUUUGUAGCUGAAUAUGAUCUACACAUUAUCUUUAUGCAGUUGUGUUAUUAACUAACCCAGUGUAUCAAGUUGUAUUUUUAAUACUUUUUUUUUAUGAACUUCAAAUUCAAUAAAAUAAUUGACCACUUUU